AUGGACUUACCACAACUGCCCUUGAUUUCACUAUGCGAAAAUGAAUGUUCGUUGACACACGAACAAGUUGAUGAUGUUGUGCCCAUCCAAAUGGACCCUCAAAAUGAUGGAAAUGAAAUUGUGACUGAUAAACAGUUGAAAGAUGAUAGUUUGGUCAAUUGUGGUUCCAAGCACAAGUUCAUAGAUAAAGAUAAAAAUGUUGAGGAACCUAAGGAGGGUAUGUUAUUUGGCUCCAUAGAGGAACUUCUUGAACAUUAUAGAAAUUAUGCAAAGCAAGAGGGAUUUGGUGUGGUGCAGAAGAAGAAGAAAAAGUAUAAAAAUGGAGAUGUACAUUACAUCACUUUAGCAUGUGCUCGUCAAGGCAACGCAUCAUCCAGCUCAAGCAAUAACCUUUGUAAGCCUAUGAAAACAAGCAAAACGGGGUGUAAGGCUACUUUGAGUGCAACAUUGGUGGAUACAAUGUGGUAUGUGACAAAUGUAAAGCUAGGGCAUAAUCACAAUUUAAGCCCAGGUAAAGCGAGAUAUAUUAGAUGCCACAAGAAGUUGGAUCUUGCUACAAAGAGAAAGCUUGAUAUAGAUGAUAGAGCUGGAAUUCGUACAAAUAAGAUCUAUAACUCGUUAGCCGUUGAAGCGGGGGGAUACGAGAAUCUUACAUUUGGAGAGAAAGAAUGUCGCAAUUAUAUUGCGAACUCAAGACGUCUUCGCCUUGGCACAGGAGGUGCUACAGCACUCCGUGACUACUUUGAUAGAAUGCAGAAAGUGGAUAGUGAUUUCUAUUUUGAAAUGGACGUGGAUGAUGAGUUUAGACUAAAAAAUGGCCGUGCUCCAAUGGCAAUUAUUACAGAUCAAGACAGGGCUAUGAAAAAUGCAAUUAAAGAGGUUUUUCCUGUCACUCGACACAGAUUUUGUUUAUGGCACAUACUAAAAAAACUUCCAGAAAAAUUUGGAUCAAAUUCACAAUACAAAGCCAUUAAGAAUGCCAUACGAAAUUGUGUGUAUAAUUCUCAAACAUGUGACGAGUUUGAUGCUAAUUGGCAGAAGAGUGUACUUGAGUGUUAUAAUUUGGAGGAGAAUGCAUGGCUACAUGAUUUAUAUAGCGAGCGGAAUUUCUGGGUACCGGCAUAUUUGAAUGGUGUAUUUUGGGCCGGCAUGACUACCACACAACGUAGUGAGAGUAUGAAUGCAUUUUUUGAUGGUUAUGUGCACUCGUCUACUUCAUUGAAAGAAUUUGUGGAUGAAUACGAUAACGCUUUGCGUAGGAAGGUUGAGGUUGAGAAUGUUGCUGAUUUUGAUUCUUUUCAUACCACGAUUUCAUGUGUAAGCAGGUAUCAUUUUGAGAAGCAAUUUCAGAAAAUGUACACCCAUGCAAAGUUCAAAGAAGUUCAAAAAGAGAUUUCAGAGAUUAUGUAUUGCGGUUGCUCUCGUUUAGAAAGUGAAGGUGGAAUUAAUACCUAUCAAGUGAUCGAACGGGUUGAAAUUAGUGAUUCCUACAUGAAGAAAGUAAGCUUUACUGUUUACUAUAAUGGGUCUUCAUGCGAAGUGAACUGUAGUUGUCAUCUGUUUGAAUCAAGAGGAAUUUUGUGCAGACAUGUCAUGGCUGUAUUGACUAUAUGUGAAGAUGUGGAAUUGUUGCCUGAGAAAUAUUUUCUAAAUCGAUGGAGGAAGGAUUUGGAGCGGCCAUAUAAGUUAAUUAAAAGUAGUUAUGAUCCUUUGAGUGGCAACCCUAAUGCAGAUCGAUAUGCUGAACUGAGCAAAAAAAUGUUGAAGUUAGCCGCAAUCGUAGCACCAAACGUGGACCAUUGCACGGAAGUGGAAAAUUAUGUUGAUAUGCUAACUACAAAAUUUAGUGGUCCAAGAUGUGAACAAAGUCCACAUUCCCAAUCACUUCCAAGUGCAAAAUUGCUCCCAAGUGCAUCUAUGACCGGCGAUGGAGUAGAGGUGUGUAGUCCUCUAGUGGCUCAUACUAAAGGGAGAAAACCAUCAAACAGAAAGGAGUCCGCAGUUGAAAAAGCGGUCAAAAAGUCAAAAUCAUCAAACAAGAGUGCCACAAAUCCCAAACGGCAGAGGAAAAAAAAAAAGACAUGCCAAAGAUCACUAGUAGAUGAACUAGACACAAGUGAAGAUCCAUUCACUUUUGUAACUGAUUUUCAGCGUGACCAAGUAAUUGGAACUCAAAGUAGUGUUGUUGCACAGACUUUUGGGAAUUCACAGCCAUCAUGUCCUGUUGAAGGAGAUUUCAUUUACUUGACAUAA